AUGGGUGAAGGAGUAUCGGAUACAGCUGCCCAAGACAGUCCCAAAACUGUUAAUGAUGAUGAAACAGAUGAUGGUGGGUUUGUGGGUUCUUUUGCUGAUAUAGAGUUUGAUCUUACUAAGGAGAAUAUUCCAGAUCACAUGCUGAUUUCGGGUAUUGAGGUGGAUGUCAUGUUGAAAGCUCAUGAACAUCAUCUUCAGGAGUCACUUGAUCGAAUUCAAAAGAAUAAUGAGUUAAGGGUUAAAGCUCAAUCUGAGAACCUUAAUGGAGAUCUUCGAGCUUUGAAGGAUGUCGUGAAGGAAAGAUAUGUUUUGUAUGUUCAAGAUGUCAAGACCAUUCGUGAGGAUGUCAAUCUGAAACUUCAAGAGUUAAGACAAGACAUGGCGAAAGAAAUCUCAAUUCUAACUCACAAUUAUUCUACCAUUCAUAUGAAGGUAGAUAUAAUUGCUGAUGUGGUCACAAAAGCUAUUGAAUGGUAUAAUUCUUUCACUCCCAAGUUUGAAAAGAAGGUUGAAGUCGAUGCUACCAAUUUUGGUGAUAUGGCAAAGUAA